AUGACCUCAUCACGAUCAGGGCUUCUUAAUGCUCCAACAGAGAUACUCCUGGAGAUCAUCGAGAAUCUACGGUUCGACAAAAAGUCUAUCGCAAAGUUGCGAUCAGUUCAUCCACGCAUUCGCAACGUAGUAGACGACUAUGAAGUCUCUAUUACAACAAAAUAUAUGAAGAGGCAGCUUCCGCAUGCCUUGGUGGACUUCCCUGGCGACAAACGCAAGAUCGGCUACCGCUGGCUUGCAGAAUGCGAUUAUAACUACGAUGUCGUGGACAGUGUCAUGGCUGUCCUGACGUGCGAGGAAAACUGCUGGGCAGUCCAGAGGCACAAUAUGCCACUGGCGAAUACAGGACUAUUAAUCCUGUAUCGACUACAAUCAAUAGAGAAACAUGCCGACAAGCUCGCAUUCAUAAAAAAUCUACCGCGGGAUCCCCUCAUUGCCAUGUUCGUGGCAAUUCACUACUCGACAUUGACCGCCCGGUACCAUGGCCACGGGAUCAUCAAUCAAAAAACGUACGGCCGCUUCCUCGAUGCCAACCAACUUGAGUUGCGAAACGACGUAGAGUUCUCUUUCGCAGAGGCCGCAAUGGAUCUGGGUGCUCAGUUCAUCGUCGACGCCCUUGAAAACGUCGACUCCUCCGAAACAGCAUUGAUGGUGUUCUACCACGAACACACAAUUCACGACUGGGAUCUGGACACAGUCGCACAAGGCGAAUUCAUGCCUCCAGUCACCCAAGGUCCCUUCAAGAAACCUGGAACAAGGCCUCGAUCGCUAUACACGACACUUCUUGAGCGCAUGGCCGAGUUAACAAAAUGUCCACUAUCUGAUGUCGUGGACAACACGUUGGAUGAAGUCGAGAAUCCCAAUCACGAUCUAGCAUGGAUCGAUCUUUACGACAAGGCGAGGCUGAUAGCUGGUCUUGAUCUCGAGGAGUGA